AUGUUCUCGGCGCCGCGCGCGGCGGCGCUGGUGGCGCUGGCCGUCAUCUCAUUAGUCGCGCUGCGGUAUGCGACGCCCGACAACCUCCACGCGGUCGUCCAGGUCAUGCGGCGUAACCCGGUGACGUCGUCGUUCGCCUACCUGGCGGUAUUCACGGCCGGCGUCAUACUGAUGCUCCCUGGCAUGCUGUUUAGCGUCGCGGCCGGCGCGGCGUUUGGGUUUGUGGUGGGGUCCAUCCUAUCUUUCACGGCGACCGUCAUAGGCAUGGUGGCGGCGUUCUACCUGGGCCGCUACCUGCUACGAGACGCCGUCGCGGGCCUGCUGCUGCGGCGCGUCCCCAACUUUGCGGCCAUCGACCGGCGCGUCGCGGCGGAGGGCUGGAAGCUGGUGCUGCUGCUGCGGCUGUCGCCGCUCAUGCCCUACAACGUGCUGAAUUACGCCCUCGGCGCCACCUCCAUCCGCCUCCUGCCCUACGCCGUCCCCUCGGCCGCCGUCGCCGCCCUCUACUCAUGCCUCUUCGCCUACCUCGGAGCGGCCGCAGACGACCUACUCGCGCUCCUCGACGGCGGCGCCGCCGCCGCCGCCGCGCCGGGCGGCGGCGGCCUGGGCGCCGCGUGGCUCGCGGCCGGCGCUGCGCUGGCGGUGGGGACGGCGUACGGCAUGGCGGUCGUGUGCCAGCGGCUGCUGGCCGGCGGCGAGGGCGGCGGCGGCGGCGGCGGCGGGCGGUACGAGCAGGUCGGAUCGAGUGAGGCGGACGGCCGCAGCGGCGGCGGCGGCGGCGGCGGCGGCGAUAGCGACGGCAGCGACGGCGGCGGCGGCGGCGGCGCGGCUCGGGCGCCUCGCGCUGUAGAGAUGGUGGCAGCUGGCGGCGACAGCGGCGGCCUGCGGGGCGGUGGCGCGGCUGCCGUCGGCCCGAGCCUGAAUUGGGGCGCCUGUGGCCUGCGGCGUGUGUCUCACAGCGGUGGAGUUUGA